AUGGACCGCGGACGCAAAGCUAUCCCCACACUGAAUAAACAUACGGACUCCAAGUACUAUCAGAGGUGCCAAGAGAUUCACCGAUCUAAGCUAUAUACCAUUAAAAGUUCUAUCGAUAAUGGCGAACCUCAUCGCCCGACCCAUCUGCGCAAAAAUAUGAAGAAGGAACAGAUGAAGGAGGAUCGCUACGCUGAGAUCGAGCGGGAGAAUCGCAUUUUGCUUGAAAAAAUGACGAUGAUCAUGCAAGGAGAGAAGCUUGACAACAAAAAUCAGUCGGUCGCGUAUGCUCACAGUCUUAACAAGGGCCGACGAAAGCGUGAGCUUCAGAGAAUCACGACCGAAAAUCAAGCUAUUUUACGUCGUAUUCAGAUGCGAGAGCCCACAUACGAUCAUGUACAAUGGGAGGAAGAUGCAAAGAAAAACGAACGAUACGCUGCGAACAUACGCGAGUUUCCACCAAGUGACAGUCUCGAGCAGCUUGCUGAAAUGCGGACAAUGUCAGCUUACUCGAUGGGUGGAACAGGCAAAGACUACUAUUAA